AUGGAAGCAAAUUCACUAGAUAAUUCAUUUUCUAAUUUAAUAAUGUACAAGAGGGAUUCUCAACCAUACAAUCAAGAUCCAUACAUUACUGGAGGUGGAUUAGUGUAUGGUAUUCUAUGUACAUUUUCCCUCUUCUUAAUGAUCACACUCUCUAUAAUCUAUGGACGUCUCGAAUACAACCGACUCUUUGCUUAUUUUUGCAUAUCAAUGGUUACUUUAUAUAUACCACAUGUUCUUGGUGCAUGGAUAUUCGGUGCUAAUUUACGUCGUGCUUCUACUGCGUUCUGCUGGAUUCAGGCAUUAUGGAUAAAUGCAUCGGGUAUUGCUGCAGGACUUUCAGUAUUAAUUUAUUCUUAUGAAAUAUAUAGAAGAAUAGUAUGUCAUACGACUGAUGGAGAAUGGAAACGGAGGAAAUAUUACACUGCAAUAUGUAUUGUUUUUCCUUUGUUGGUUGGAGUUAUUCCACCAUUUUUGAUUGCUGAAAGACCUGAUGGGAAUUGUCCUUAUUUUUGUAUGCUUUACGAACCAUCAAUACCUAUGGCAUUGGUCAGCGUUGAAGGUUGGAAUACUUUAACGAGUAUUUUCGGGAUUUACUUUUCAAUGAGAACUGUAAUUGAGGUUAUCGCGCUUUCCUAUACUUACGAAGAGUCCGAUAAGACACCUCAACAUCAAUUAAACGUCGGGGCACAAGAAUUUGAUCACGAUCUAAAUUCUCCAGCUACGACGAAUCCCC